CGGUGAGGAUGAUUCACGCUCCUUAAAGUUAACUUAUGUCUCUUUCUCUCCCAGAAGGUCCAGAGUGAAGUCCUGAUGUAGAACAAGGGACAGAGCUUUGUGCCUAAACCUGCUGAUGGUAUUCAUAUAUAUGUAUAUAUAGAUAUGUAUAUAUACUGUAUAUAGAGAGAGAGAUCAGCGGCAUGGCCGCUGUUACUUCAGAUAAAACGUCCCACGCUGGAGCGUCUCAGACCUGCAAAGAAGACCUCCUCAGGUCUGGAUCCAAGGUCCAGAUAAAGACCCGGUCCUCUCCUGUGAGGGUGACUCUACCGCCUCUGUGGUCGGACGGGUGUCACUCUGUGAGCGGCUCUCUGUUCGGUCCUCUCUUCAGGAACGUGUCCUCCUCCUCCUCCUCCUCCUCCUCCUCCUCCUCUUCAGGACCAGUGGUGGAGCUCCCUCGUCUGGUGGCGCCAGUGGGACCCGGUAGACCCGGUAGACCCGGGAGAUCCACAGAAUGGAGUGAAGGACCUCGACUCAGGGCCUCAGCUUUAGGGGCCGACGUCCCCAUCGGGACCACCCAUGAGUCGACAGCACAGAGACCUUCUUGUUGUUUCAGCCUCACAGAGGACGAUGAGUCAGUGAGAGUGACACGUGAGGGAACCAGGAGAACGAGUAGACCUCCUCUCACCGGCGUGGAGUUGGUUCACAUCCUGUCUCACAGAGACCCGGGACACUUUGAGCUUCAUUACCUGAAAGAAGUGGAGGCCGACUCCUCCAGACCCUACGACCUGCUGGUGGUGGACUCCAGUGAGGCCGGUUCUGAGCACUACGUGUUCUCUCCCUCCACGGUUCUACAUGUGACCCAGGUGGGUCCCGGUGGACUCGUCAGUCUGGCUCAGUGGCACAGAGAGGCGGUGGCGUGGAACGCGUUGCAGGAAAUUCCCUUUUUCAGGGACUUCAGACUGCGGAAGGCUUUCACCAGGUGGCAAAGAAAUGUGCGCAAGAUCCUCUUUCAGCGCAGGUGUCAGGCUCUGCAGGACGUGCUGCUGCUGUCUGUUCCUCGCUUCAGGAAAGCUCUUCUUGUGUUCACCAGGGUGAUUGAAGAAGUGAAGGAGGCUCAGCGGCCGCCUCAGGACGAGUCUCACACCUUCACUCUGCUGGAGCUCAAGAACGAGCUGAAGACCAUGAAGCAAACGCUCAUGCAGACGUUGGAGAAGCUGUCACAUCAUCGCGCUGUCAUCCUGAACGCGGUGAGAGAGGACAGCUACACGGCUCACCGGGAGCUGCAGCUGCACAUGGAACUCUCCAGAAGAGCACCAGCGGGCUGCGAUGAGCCGACCCGCCUGCACCCGGCUCACCUGCAGCUGCAGAACGAGUCGAGCCGGUCCGAAGGCGUCCUGCUCAAACUCGGCCGCUUCGCCGCUCUCGUCAACCGGAUGACUCUCCAGAGUCUCGUCACGGUCGUCGGACAACACGUCGCACGUUUCCUCAGCGACGUCGUGAAGAGGCAGAAGCCUCAGCGCUGCCGUCUCUUCCACACCGAGCUGUGUUUCAGGACCGACGGUCGUCUGACGGUGGAUCCACCGACGCUUCUGUUCCAGGAAGCUGUGAGUGAAGCGCUGCUGACUGUCGACUCUUUGAUCCAAAUGUGUGACACUUGUGGAUUCUUCCUGGAGAUCAGCGACAGUUUCUUCACCUCUGCUUCAUCUCAGGAUUUGAUCUCUGACCUCCGUUGUAUGGAACAUCCUAAUAUUUCAGAGAAUAAGAACAACGAUGGAGCGACCGGUCCCAGGAUGUUCUGCUGUUUGCUCAGAGACCCAUCGGCUCUCCGGCUGCUGCUGCCGCCUAAACCCAUCCCGCUGCUGCAGGACGACAGGCUGCAGGGCUGCUACUACCAGCUCCUCAAGACACAGCUGCAGUGGCAGAUCAGCACCAACGAUGUCGCACGACAAGUGGAGAAAGAGCAGGCGGAGAUCAUGCAGGGAGCUGAACUGGAGGUCCAGCAGCUGUGUGACAGCUACUCGUGGCUGGAGGACGUCCACGUGUUCGUCAGCCAAUGGAGUCGAUCCUCUUUGGAGUGCAUGAAGGGUCGGCCCGCUUUGCUGUACGUGGAGCUCCUGAAGGAGGUGCGCCACUGGACCCAGAGAAUCCACACAGUUCCCUCGUCAAUCUCCACCUCCACCCAGCUGUUCAUCAUCCAGUGCACCCGCACCAAGCAAAGUCUCGGACAAGAGCUGAGGCUCGUAGAGGAGGAGGUGAAGCAGCUGCUCGCUGAGCAGAUGAAGCUGCUCUCUGAGAGCCUCACAGACGACCUGGAGAAGGCUGCUGCUGGACUAAAGACGGACCCCCGAGACUUACACGAGCUCUCAACAUACGCACUCAUGGUGAGGGAGUGUAAGAGAUCACAGUCCGACACGCAGAAGCGUUUGGACUACAUUCACUCCCUCCAGGACGCCGUUUGCAUGAGCUGUAGGAAGAUGACUGAGCAGGAGGUGACUUUGGAAGAAAAGAUGCUGGCCUCAUGGAAUUGCUUUAUUUCCGUCUUGAAAGAAGCAGAAAGCCUCGUGUGCAGCCGUCUUCCCUCAGCGGCGAACGCGUUGGAGACGAUGUUCUCAUUGUUGGCCCGUGACCUUGAAGGUUUGGUCUCUAAAGCGACAUCUGGACCUUUCCUCGACCCGACCCAGAACGCAAAAGACACGGUGUCCGAACUGAACCACAUGUGUAUACAUGUGCACGUUCUCAUUGCAAAGCUGGAACUACUUAGUAGAGACAGUCAAAACCUGCACGAACGUCCGAUGGAUUUGACCGUUCUGACAACAGACGCUCUGAGGGUCAAAGCCCGCUUUGAGUUGUGGGAGCUGACAGCUGAGCACACAACAUGGACGGACGAAUGGAAACAGCUGCUGCUCAGUGAGGUUGUGGUGUCACAAGCUCAAGGGAAUAUUUCCAAGUGGAAGGAGCAAGCUCUAUCUCUAACAAGUAUCAUACCUACCCAUGAUGCAGUGCUGCAGGAGACUUUAGGAGUCCUGGAAAGCUUCAGCUGUCAGGUUGCUGUCUUGGCUAAGCUGCAGAGCCCGACACUCAAACACAGACACUGGAAAGCCAUUUUCGAAGACAUGGGCCAGCUGUAUGUCCCAGAGACGAAGGUGACUGUUGCUCAACUGAUGUCUCAACAACUUGACCAGAAACUUAUCACCAAGGUAUGCAGGGAUGCACAGGUGGAGUGCAACAUGGAGCAGACCUUCCAGAAGCUUCGACAGGGAUGGAAAGUCAGAAUCUUCCAGCUGGAUAAAUUCUCUCUGCCUGUUUGGCAGACUGGAGAGCCACAACAUGGAUUAACGGAGACGGAGAAGCCUACGGAGGGCACAGUCUCAAAUCUCCAAACUGCCCGUCAACACUCCUUUAACGAUGCAAGAUUGAUCCUCAUCAUCGGUCUGGAAAUACACUCUGCUGACAUAGAGAGCGAUUUGAUGUCUCUUUCCACCAUGAUGACGUCCCCACACAGUCUUGAGUUCAGGCCGCAGAUGGAAGAUUGGAUGCAAUCACUGCAAGAUCUUGGGAAGCUACUAUUGUUAUUUGAAAGAUACCAGCAUAUGUGGGCCUUCCUGACCAAGAUGUUCCAUGACACAUGCUUUAGUGGUCAGAGAGUGGAUCUGCUGGAGCGAUUCCAACCAGUUGACGAGACAUUUAAGGAAAUUAUGCUUUCUGUAUCAAGUGACCGUCAUGUGUUGAACUUUGUUCAUUCCAAGAAGACAAAUGACAGAUUCCACUGUGAUAGAUUUCGCCAGAUUCUCAUUGAUAGUCUGUCUACAAUGGAGGCCAUUUCCAACCAGAUGGUGGACCUCCUGGAGACCCUCUGUGAACAAUUUCCAAGACUCUGGUUUUUGAGUAAAAGGGAAGUGAUUCAACUACUCUCCUUUCACCCAACGUCUUUCACACUGCAACGCUUUGUGCGCAAAUGCUUUAAAGGGAUACGUUGGCUUGAAGUUGAUUGUAAAACGCCGUCUAAAGUAAGAGGUGUGAAGAGCUGUGGGACAACAUCUCAAAGCCACAGACAGAUGAAGGUGCUGGGGUUUUUUGGCGGCCUCCAGGAGCACAUUACAUUUACAUCUCCUUUGGAACCAAAUCUCAAUCCCUUGGGUUGGCUUUGUGUCUUUGAGAAACAGCUAAAGUUGACCAUGGUACAACACAUGAAACAAUGUGCUAUUGUGCGAAACCAGCUUGAACCAUUCGGUCCAGAUUUGGCAUGCGAUAAGGAGGUUGGAGACAUCCCGUUCCACCCUGAAAUGAGGAAAAUAGUAUUACCUGUGCUGGAUCUGCUGUCUGAACAUCCUCUUCAGUGUCUGCUGGUGGCUGAGGAGACAGUUUGGUGCAAGGCUGUCCUACAAGCUUUCCGAGAAUCAAACCCAGUGAAGUUGAGCGACAUAAAGGCAUACAACUCUGCCAAACUGAAAACCCUUGGCCGUUCCAUAAGGGAUGGAGACACAGGGGCUAAACAUGAAUCUCUGGUUUCUAAGUACACGAUGAUGUGUCUUCGUGCUUUAGUGCAACUAACGAUGAAGCAUGCACAGCAGCUGUCUCGACUCAUGGAGGUGCAAUGUGUGCUGGAGUCAUCUUUUGAGUGGCUCAGUUUGAUGAAGUACUAUAUAAACUCAGACGAUUGGAGUCUGGAGGGCAUUGAUGAUCCAACAUGUCACGUGGAGGUUUUGAGCCAUCGACUUCAAUAUGAUCAUGAGUAUUUUGGUCCAGAAGAUUGGGUGAUGGUUCAUAUGCCGUCCACAGAUCGGGCGAUACUGGGGAUUCUCCUGGCUCUAACAAGCUACAGGUGUGGGUUUGUGAGUGGACCCUGCAUGUCUGGAAAGAAAACGACUGUGGUCCAGUUAGGGAAAGCGUUAGGGCGUCAAGUUGUCGAUCUGCAAUGUUGUCCAAACAUGAGAGCUGGUGUUGUUCAGCGGAUGCUGGUGGGCGCCCUCGAGACUGGAGCAUGGCUUCUGCUAGACUCUGUGGACUUACUAACACAAGGGGUCCUAUCAUUACUGGGGCAGCAUCUGGUAGACAUCAACCAAUCCUUCUCUAAAUUAACAAGGGGGGUCACAGGUUGCAAAAACAUUUUUGAUUCAGAACUUCACCUGGUACUUGCAGGUAAAAGUGUUUCUACCAGGCUGAGCUACGGAUGUGUUCUCAUCUCAUCGAAGGGUAAUACGUCUGAGGUUCCAGAGAGUCUGCGAUGUGCCACCAGACCCAUUGCGUUAACUCAUCCAGAUUACAGGAUCAUUGCAGAAGUAAUGCUGACUUCUAUUGGUUUCUCAGAGGCCACGUCUUUGAGUCGACGUCUGGUGGCCCUCAUUGACCUGGCCAAGGAUUCCCUCUGUCUGCCUGAUUUCCUCUCUGACCACCAGAGCUGCUACCUUGUUGUCUUGCAAAAGAUCAUCUCCGCCUCUGAAAUACACUUACAACAAAGUGUAAGGGAACGAGAAAUUUCAGUCGAGGCUAAAGAUGCGGUCGCAGAACAAGCCGAUCUUGCGCCUUCACAAUGUGUGGAUGCCAGAUUUGUUGAAAAGGAUAGAAAAGAAACUGAAAAGCAUUCCAGGUGUCACCGUUCUCACUUGUCAAUUGUCCAGGGAUUAAUGGAGGAGACGGCUAUCGUCAAAGCCAUUCUUUCUGUCUUCUUACCUGUUGUUUAUGAGCACAAGAAAGCCUCACAGUUCUACGUCAUUUUCAAGGACACAUUCCCUAUAGCAUGCCAGUUUCCUCUUUUCCAGCAGUACAUUGAGGAAGAAGAAAAGAUUCAACUGAAACAUGCAGUUACAGAGGAAUUGCAAAGGAAAAGGUUUCACUCUGAUGCCCAACUAAUUGGCAGUGCUCUUACACUCUAUCAGACCAUGAAAUCCUCUCCGGCAGUUAUGCUUCUGGGCCCCUCAGGUAGUGGAAAGACAACCUGUUACUGUGUUCUAGCUGGAGCCCUCAAUCAUCUGGUUGCCAAGGCAGUGGAACAUCAGUUUGAAAAUGACAAUAUCACUGAAGGAGAUACCCGACAGGCAGAUCCACAGACACCUGCUUCGACUUGGAGCUCUGUCCAAACUGUGGUCUUAUUUCCUCACGCCAUGUCCCAUGAAGAGGUGUUUGGCUGCUUCUGUGAACAGAGAGGAUGGCAGGACGGAGCUGUUGCAAAGGUGCUGAGAGAUUCAGAACGACGUGAACUGACAAGUUCUACAAUCUGCAACAAAAAGAAGAAUAGCGAUCAUACAGCUGUGGAAUGGCUGGUAAUGGAUGGGAAUCCUGUUGGGAGGCCCGGCUGGUUGGAUUACUUGAGUACAAUGUGCAGUCCUGAGGACCCAUUUCUGUGCCUAUCUUCGGGUGAAACACUGCCACCCCAAUCACACCUAAAGCUACUUAUGGAGGUCACUGACCUACGUGAUGCCAAUCCCUCUGCAGUGACCCGUUGCGGCCUUGUUUACCUCACAGCUACGGAUCUAUGGAAGGCUGCGUGGAAGAGUGAACUGGAUACCCUCUUGUUUGAAGACAAACUGGAUCAAGGAACCUUGAAAAUGUGGAAUCGUCUGGCUGAAGAUCUUUUCUCCAGCACACUUAGUUUGCUCAGGCAAAAGGCUUUAAUCUCCGCAGUCCACAAGGAAGGAGAUUGUCUUGGAAGCGUCGCGUACGGACUGCAAGAAAUCACGUCAUUUGUUCGGAUCCUACGUGCUCUCCUGCAGCAUUUUGGGAGGGAGGUGGAAAAAGCUGAGCCGAAACCACAAAUGGACAAAAGAGAUAUACUUCUACACAGAACAUCAGACACAGAUCCCCACAGUAAACAAGACCUGAUGGCCAGGAACCUUUUUCUGGUGGCUUAUAUUUGGGGAUUUAGUGGACAUCUGCAUCCUCGCCACCGGCCACAGUUCGACUUACUAGCCCGUCAGCUGCUGUUUACUUGCCGGUACAAAAUUGUGGUUCCUGAUGAAGAGAGUGUGUUUGAACACUUUUUAAACAUUGAAAGCAAGACAUGCCCCAAGAACACACUGCUGACAACUUCCAUCACUCCCAAGUAUGGGAGAUAUGCCUAUCUCCUGAAGCUCAUGUUGGAGGCCAAACAACCAGUGUUGCUCGUAGGAGAGGCCGCUUCAGGAAAAACCACUCUGUGCAAAGCUUUGCUGCGUUUUGACAUGCCACACAUUAACCUACCAGCCAGUCCACUCCUGAGCUCCAGAGACCUGCGCACUAUUCUGAGUAACAUCAGCUGCAAGAACAACCGUGAGUUCACUCUGGGCCUCAUGACAAAACAGCCGGGACUGCUUCUUUUUGUGGAUGAUUUGCAUGAAGCCCCCUGUGAUGUCUUUGGGAAGACGUCAACAGCUCUAGAGACGCUACGACAGAGUAUUUCACUGGGACAGAUUCUAACAUUUGACGCCGACCACUUCAAGUCGUUGAGUGCUGGAGCCGUCAGCUACAUGGCUACCUGCUGUGUCUUUGGAUCUGGCAAUCGCCACAGUGACGUGAUGUCCUCCAGGCUCUCACGCCUGUUCUCCAUCUUCGUGCUGCCCAGUCUAUCCAUGGACGUUAUACUGUCCAUCCAUUCUCCUCGGCUAAAGUUCUGGCUCAAAGACACGCCGCUGAAUCAGAGCGGCGAGGAUAUGCCGUGCCGCAUCAUCACUGCUACUGAACAUCUCUAUCGAGCAGUACGCGACCAGUUCCAGCCUACUGUGCAGAGGCCCCAUCUCCUAUUCUCCCAUCAUGACCUUCAGAAGGUGUUUAGGGGGAUGUACUUGUGGCAGCCGGACAUCCCAAACACGGGGAUCGUGCAGGACGAGGAUAAUUCACUGCCAGGCUUUCCUCCUGCAUCCGUCCUCAAAGUAGCACAUCUCUGGAUGCACGAGUGCACGCGUAUCUUCAGUGACAGGUUAUGCUCAGAGGACGAAAAAAAAACUCUUGUGUCCUUAGUAGCGGAGACGGCAAUAGCACACUUCGGAAAAACUCAGGAAGUCGGUCAGAGUCUAGAUCCACUAAGUCUGCCUCAAGAGACAAAACCAGCUGUCCGGUCAGACCUGGAGAAAGGCCACACAUCGACUGAACCUUCGCUUCUGUCUGGAAACAUUUACUCAGAGGCGAGCCUAAAAACUCACCCUCUGCAACCCCAGACUCUUCAGCACAUGGAGGACGUCAUGGCUGAGCUUGUAUACGGUCCUGAGCUCUCUGAGGCCCCAACAAGUCAGCAACACAAUUUUAAACGCAGCGUUUCUUAUCAGGGCAGAGACUUGGAUGUUCUGCUGCAGGAUCUGUGUGCACUCAUGGACAGAAAAGAGGAAGACAAAGGACAGAAAGUUGAUGACUUCAAGAUUACAGACAGAUGCAUUGUCCACAGACAGAGAGUACGUCAGCUGCUGCGUAUCCUCAGGGCGCUGCUCAUACCUGGAGGUCACGGAGUGCUGAUUGGCUCAGACAGAGACACGGGCCGUAAAACCACCGUGCGUUUAGCUGCAUAUCUAACGGGCUACCGGUUGAUGGAGGUGCAUCCUGGCAACGAGAACAAGCUGCGUGACAUCCUGAAAGAAGCCGGGAAUCAAACUAGAGUGGAUGGAGAUAACGUCAUCGUACUGGUCCAUGAAGGAAUCAGCCCGUCCGUCAGAGAAGAGCUGUUGGUGGCGAUGGCUCACACAACGUACCCAGGACUCUACACAGAUGAGGAGCUGAGAGAUCUGAUUUCCAGAGUGAAACUGUCCAGAAGAUACCUGAUGGACAGCUGGAUGUUUGAGAAGUACUUGAGCCAAAUUCACAGAAAUGUGCAUGUGUUCCUGUUGCUUCCCUUCACCCCGACACACAGCAGUGACACACCUGGACUCCAUGGAUGGAAUGCUCAACUGACCAAGGCCCUGAGCUCCAGUAGCUGCGUGGACGUUUACCAGCCUUGGUCCAACCAGUCUUUAGUGGAAGUUGUUUCUCAAUGCCUCAAAACCAGUUCCUACAAAAUGGAGGGAGCAGGCUCAGAGGCCAGCCUGUCUGUGGCCAUGGCAUUAAUCCACCAAUCUGCAUGUCGCUAUGCUUCUGUUCUUCUAAGAGCUCGGCCCUUCAGCCCUCAGACUUACAUUGAGUUCAUUGCCAACUUUGAUUACCUCUGCAACCAUCUGCACACUCAGCAGCAGAGUGAAGCCAACAGAGUUGCCACUGUUCUGUCUCAUUGGGAGGCCCUGCACAGCACAGCCGUGCGGUGCAGACAGCACUUCAUAAGACUGCAGGAGGAGGUUGCUGAGACUCAGCAGCGCCAGAAAGAUCUCCUCAAAGACGCAGAGGAUCAGAGGGAACUGCUCCAGGAGGCUCAGGAGAAGUGUGUAGUAGAGGAGAACGAGCUGCAUCACCUGGAGGAGCAGAUUAAUCAUGCUCAGAAACAGGUGGAACGUGUGUUCCUGUCAGGCCUCAAGAUUCUUAGUUGUCUGAAUCCAUCUGACCUGGAGGAGGUGCGUCACUACAGAGAUCCACCUGACGGAGUGGUGAAAAUCAUGGACGCCAUCUGUUUGCUGUUUAAUCGUCCACCAGGCUGGGAGAGUGCCAGACAGCUUCUGGGACAAUCCAACUUUUUCCAGGAGUUGGAAUUCUUUGACCGCUACAGCGUGACGGACGAGCAGCUGCAGCAGCUCGGCCAGAUAGUUCACAGCCCCCAGUUUGCACCGGAGUCUGUGCAGGAGGUUAGCAAAGCCUGCGAGUCCCUGUGCCGAUGGGUCCAAGCAGUGUACGAGUGCUGCUGCGUGCAGCACCGACUGUUGGUCAAGCGGCAGCUGGAGCUGCUGGCCGAAGAGGCCCACGGUCGACUGCGCCUGGCCGAGCAGCAGGGAGGGGAUGCACGCCGGCGUCGGGAGGAAGUCCAGCUUCGACUGCAGCUGGUACGAACAGAACUGGAGGAGAAACUGCUGCAGCUGCAGAAAGCUGAGAGCUCAGAGGGAGAAGCUGCUUCAGCUGCAGGGAAGCUGGAGACACAUGUCAGAGACUGGAGGGCUGCUGCUCAGGAGGCAGAGCUAAAUAACCAGUCCUUACCAGGAGAUGCCCUUAUCCUGGCUGCAAUCAUCUCUUAUUUGGGCCCCUUUGGACCUGACGUACGCACACAGCUGCUGGUCAAGUGGAGGGAGUUAUUAAAGACAGGAAGCGUCGACAUUAACCCCGAGGACCCCAGAACCUCCCUGUUUACUACGCACUCUGACACCGCACCUCCUCACCCGCCUCUCGGUUUUCCCAUCCCCGCGUCCGAGAGUCUGCAGCGGCCUCUGGGUCGGGCUUUAGGUUCAGGCGUUCACCUGAACCUAACCAGACUGGUGGUGAAGCUGCUGCUGUGGAGCUGCAGCAGCGCUUGUGUUCAGCGCUGGCCUCUACUGGCAGACAGCCAGCAGCAUCUGGACUCUCAGAGCUGCCUCAUCACAGGAGAGGACGCCGAGCUGGAACGGGAGACGGAGUGUGAGCUGGUGGUUCGUGCUGAUGAUCCAGAGCUGCUGGACCAUCUGGACCGGGCUGCAGAGAGAGGAUUGAGAGUCCUGGUGACUCACGUGGAACGUGUGACUCCAAGUCCUCCCUUUCUGUCCAGACUGCAGCGCUCUGCUCCGUGUUUGCUUCCAGGAUUAAAGCAGCGAUCGACUCACCCUGAAUUCUGCCUCUUCCUCAGCACCCGUCUGCCUCUCCAGCUAGUACACAGUGAUGUCCAUCCGUCCAUCUUGUCUCAGGUGCUUGUGGUCGACCUCUCUCUGAGCUCAGAGGAGAUCCAGGAGCUGAUGCUGACUCAGCUGCUGCAGUCUGAGUGUGAGAAGCUGCUGAUGCAACACCUGCAGCUCCAGCACGACAAGCAGCUGCUGCAGGAGAGACUGGUGUCAGAAAAGGACACUCUGAUGGAAUACAUCCUGCAGUCCGACACCUCACUGCUGCAGGACUCCGGUCUUCUCGCCCACGUGGCCGUCUGUGAGGAUGCAACGUCAAGCCUGCAGGCUGAGAUCCGGCUGCUGAGUGUGGAGCUGGAUCACCACGAUCUCCUGCUGGCUGCACCGCGCCAGGUGUUGAAGCUGGCCGCGUCUUUCUACGGGGCUCUGCAGGAGGUGGCCCGCCUCUCUCCUUCCUACUACUUCUCUCUACAAGGCUUCAUCACGGCUAUACAAGAGGUCCUCGUUGUGAAGGACAGGCCAUUAGUCGGUGAAGUGCCGUGGGGGGUAAUACCAGAGGUCACAAACCGGAUGGUGGUCCAGCUACUGGACCAGUACAGGCCUUGUCUCCUGAAGAGCCAUGCCGCCGUUCUGGAGCUGCUGCUCUCCGCGGCUCUGCUCCAACACAACGGGUUCUGCUCCGAGGCCGAGAGGGCGGCUUUCCUCAGGGGCCUUCAGGACGUAGAACAUCCCGUUCAGUCCACCAGCGCUCUGCCCAGCUGGAUCCCCUCUCGCAUCCACCCAGAGCUCCUCCGCCUCGAGCAGAUCCCGGUCUUCUCUGGGUUGAUAUCCUCUCUCUCCACUCGCCCCGCUCAGUGGAAGGAGUACCUGCACCUCCCUUCCUCCAGCGUCGUCGGGGCCGUUCCUUGUCGCUCUCACUCCCAUCUGUCGCUGCUGCAGCGGGCGCUCCUCUGGAGGACGGUGCUGCCCGGCUGCCUGGAGGGACUGGCUGAGGCCAUGGCCGCCUACCACCACCUCUGUCCGGACGGACGGACGGCGGGGACUGAGGCCCCUCACGCUGGCAACCCGGAGGCCCUCUCACGCUAUCUGGUGAAACACCAGGGGCCCGUCAUCCUCACGCUGCCCCGACGGACGAGCAUUCAGCCUCUUCUAAACACGUUGGCCCGCUGUGUCGCAGAAACAAAGACGGUGAAGUUCGUUUCUUUUGACUCAGAGGUCGUUCUCUCUCAGCUGGACGAAGCUGUUCACAACGGACACUGGCUGGUCUUUAACUGUCACCUGAUGGAGCAAUCAGACGGAGAAGUGGCGGCUCGCCUCAGUGGGUUGAUCUCCUCCCUCAGAGAGGAGCGACGGCUGAUCCACCCGGGCUUCAGAUUGUGGUUCAUAACUCAAGAAGAUGCAUCCUGCUCCAUACCAGCGGCAGUGCGAGUGUGCGCCCUGCCUCUGGUCUGUGACUCCCCCUGGGACCUGAAGGAGGAGCUGAGCUCUUCUUUGGGUCAGCUGGCGUCCGACAGACACCAUCGGUCUCUGUCGGGUCUCUCAGCGGACAACAUGGAGCUGCUCCUCCGCUGCGCCGUCUUCCACUCUGUGUUACUGCAGAGACGCCCGGGUCAGGGGAGGAGCUACAGAUGGAGUCACGAAGACCUCCUGGCUUUGACGGACGCUCACGUUAACAUCGCUGGUAUCUGCCACAACAACGCCACGGCUUUGCAGUACAUCGCAGUCAAUCUGGUGCACGGCGGCCAUGUUGUAGACUCUGCAGAUCUGGAGGUGGUGGACAGCGUUGCCAAGACCUGCUUCAGCAGAGAGCCCCACGUCUUCUCUGGUAUUAACACCAAUCCUGACUCGUCCGAGCUUCUCCAGAUGUUGGAGCAGAGUCUUCCGGACCCAGUGAGCCUCAACGACCCCCGUGGUGUGCUGGGCCUAGACGCAGACGCUGCAGCUGCCGAGAUGAUGGAGAUCCACAGCCACGAUCUGAGCGCACUGCUGCAGGCCUCCCAGACUCCUCUGGGAGCGGCGGCGAGGAGUUUCUGCACACGGCUCCACCACCAGCUGGCCUUCAGCAACGCUGCAGACAGACUGCAGGCUCUGAGGAGUCGCCUCACGAACCCAGCGACAGACCCAGCAGCUGAUUCCCACGGUCACCUCUUGGACUUCCUCCGGGCCGAGCGGGACCAUCUCGUCGAUCUGGUGUCGUCGCUCCUCUCGGAGCUGCAGCGACCUUUUACCUCGCUCCUCUCGCCCACUGACUUGUCUCAGCUGGAGAGGAGGGCGGAGUUAAUCAUCACUUAUCUCGGGCGCCGCGGCAGUGCUUCAGAUCCUCCCGCCGCGUACCGGCUGUCUGCCUUCAGAAACGCCCGAGGCUUCCUGGUGGCGGUGACGAGAGAGGCCGCUCAAGUAAAUCGCAAAUACAUCAGUGAUGUAACUCUGCAUUUUCAGGUUCUGAGGGACGUUUCUCUCCCAGCCUCACUUCCUCUGGACGCUGUGUAUUUGUGCGGCCUGCAGCUGAGAGGUGCAUCAUGGGAUACCCAGCUGGGAGCCCUCCAGGACUCCGCCUCUCUGCAGCCGUGCUCGCUGCCUCUCGUUCGCGUCGAGGCUCGAAUCACGAACUCCGACCCGGAUAUCUUCCCUCGCGAAAGUUCACAUUUAACCGACGUCCGUGCUUCUUCUCCGGCGUCGUCUCCGCUCUACCGCUGCCCGCUCUACCUCGACGGGCAGUGGGGGGGCGGAGCCUCUUUAUCAGACGCUGACAUCAUCACCACGUUUCCCCUCCGCACCGAGAUAAAUCCUGCAUUGUGUAGUUUGAGACGGGUGAGGCUAGUGAGCACGCUCUGAAUCAACAGCUGGAUUCAUCUUCUAAAUGUAUUUACACAACUGUGCUGUACAAUGAAAUGUUCAUACGGUACUUUGUAAUGUUUUUCAUUAAAACAUUUGACACAU